GUUUAUGCAGCCAUUCAACGCUGAAUAGAAUCACACGGGACAUUACAACUCCUUUCUUGUAACUUUCUGGUCAUAAAAUAAAGUUAGUUGAAAAUUUCAUCGGAUAUAUUGUUUCCAGAUAACGUAUCGGUGGUAGUUACAGUAGCGCCUGAAUCAGGAUGUUAAAAUUUUAAAAGAACGAAGGCCUAUCCAUUCUGGGAACAAUAUUGUGGAGAUUGCAUAUUGCGACAAUGCCUGAAGUUGAACCACUCAGAUUUCCAUCAAGGGAGGACGGGCCAAGUUUACAAGAUCAGGUAGAUCUUCAAGCAGUGUGCCCCAGCAGACGUCGCAGUUGUGCCCUGGUUAACACCCCCUCGCCGUGCGUCAACAAAGCUGUUUGCCAUAUUCAGGAGCUGAAGAGGAAAGUGGAGAGCUGGUGUCAACAGUCAGGAAAUGUUCAGCAUCAGAUGUCUCAUGAAAAACAGCAAAAAAGCAAAACUUUUAGAUUGAAUUCCAGUGAAUCUGUGUCUUCAAUGAUACCUACAGAGUUAUACAUCGAAGGCAUUGGACUAAGUGCAAGAGGUGAGAGAGAGGGUGACCUGUUGUCUCCGCUGCGUAAGGAAACCACGGACGUCCUGGUAGAAGUAGUGUAUCUGAUUGAACGUCUGGAAGCUGAUCGCCAGGAUGCAGAGGAGGCUCUACAGUCGGAGAAGAAAAGAAGGAGAACUUUAGGGAGGAAAAUGUAUAGUAUUUCACUGUGGAAGCAGCAGGAGUUCCCUGUAGCUGUCCAGAAAGAGCAUGAGGCCUGUACCAGAGACAUCAGUGAAUUGAAAUGGCAUCUGAAAUUGAGAAGAGAUAAACUUCACCAAGUGACAGAUAGAUUGAUCAAGACAGAAGUUCUGAAUCGGCGGUUAAAUGAGGACAUUGAUUUCAUCAAGAAAAAUGGGCCUCUGGUGAAGGAAAAACUGCAGCUGGAGAGCGAUUUCAUGAUCCAAAUUAAUACGGCUCAACAUAAGGCCCUUGAGACAUUUUCAAAGACCUUCAGUGAACUGAAGAGUUUUCAAGAAGAGAUGAGAAAGGAAGAACUGAAAGCAGAUGAGGAUAGAGGAUUGAUGUUCAAUGAACUUAAGGGCAUCAGGAAUCUGCUAAAUGACAGACUAACUGAGUUCCAGCAGCUGAUAGAUUAUUGGGAUGGCUACUGCAUUACAUUGAAGGAGACAGAGGAGAGGGUAGCUUUGAAGGAGGAGGAGUGGGGAGACAUGUCACAACAUAUCCCUGUGCUAGAGGUGCAGGAGACUGCAGUCAAUGAUCUGGUUGUGGAGUUGAACAUAUUUAUUGAGGUUGAAGGUAGAAAAAUUGCACAAUUAAAGGAAGAGAUUUCAGAGCUGCAGAAAGAAAUCCAUGCAACUAGACUUGCAGGUGAAGCGGCGGUCUCUCACUCCGAGGAGGUGUUCUGUAAGAAGCAUCAGGACAUCUUGGCUCUCCAUGAGGAAAACAAAGAGUAUGAACUAGAGACUGAGGACUACAGUAACACGAUCUAUGAGAGUGAGCAGGCAGUGAAGCAGCUUCAGAAGGAGAGGAAGCGCAUGCUACAGAAGAUCAGUGUGAAUGAGGAACAGAGAGAAGAGGCCAAGGAGGAGUUGUCCCAGGUGGCAGCAAUGCACGCUAACACCAAGGUCAACCUGGAGGAGCUGGAGCAGCAGACCUUCAUGGAGGAGCAGAGGAUGAGGAAAGUGAUUGAGAAUCUGAAGAAAGACAUGAUGAGCGAGAUGAAAGCCAUGGCCAUUCUGAAGGAUACAUUAACAACAUUUAAAGCAGAAUUACACCAGGAGCAAACCAACACAGAAAACGCCAGAUGGGAACUUCAUAAGGAAUUUGAAGAGGUGUCAUCAGCUACAAAACAACUGGAAAUUGAAAUGGAAAAACUGAGAAAGGUUUACAAUGAUAAAUCUGAGAAAAUUGAACGUUUAAGGGAGAAACUCUGUGAUAUUCUAACAGAACACAAAAACACUACAAAUUGUCUGGAAAAGGAAAGGAACCUGAAACUUGACCAUCUAAAUACAGUCAAGGAAUUACACCAAGAUGUUACCAAGAGGUUUGACCACGCCUUGAGCAGAAUCACAGUCCUCACUGCUAAGUCCAAAGAGUACAGAACAGGGUCUGACAGGAUGGAGGAAACAGCAGCCACAAUGCCAGAUGUCAUUGAAGAACUACAGUCCGUCUUUGAUGCCGUAGAGUUCAAAAACCAAACAGCUACGUUGAUCAUGAACACCUUGGAACGUGAUAUCACCAACUGUCAACAACGGAUUGAGCAAGCAGUGCAAACUCACACUACUCUAUUCACAACCAGACAGCAAAAAAUGGAGGAAACCAAGUCCGACCUAAAGGUAGCCCUAAGAGAGAACGUUGAGUUGGCCCAUGAGUACAGAGCCCUUCAGAAAGUCCUGAUGAUCGUCAAGCAGGGGGCUGUUGGGGUGUUUGACGAGAGGAAUCGAGCAGAGGCAUCUUUUUAUGAUCACAAACAGAUUUCUUUGUUGCAGAAGAGGAUGCACAAAGCUGUGGUGAAAUACUUCAGACAACGCAGCCUCUAUAGCCAGGCUGAACUGGCCCGCUUCCAGACCCUCUCUAAUGAGAACAACCAGAAAAUAAAAACUGUCCAGGAGGAGUUGUCAGAAGCAAUCCGGCGCAUUUCUGCCUUUCUGCACUCUCUGGCAGAUGACUCAACAACCAGUGAGGAUGCUCCGACGAUGGAGACAGCAGCAGGGAACAAACAAGUGGGUCUGGAUGCCAUUGGGUUGAACAAGAAGAAGAUGCCUACAGUUCAGAUAACAGUGUAAUUGGACAUUCACCUGGUGCCAGACAACUUACUUACCCCAGCACGCUUCACUCACUCACUAUCCCCCCCCCCCCUCUCUCUCUCUCUCGCUCUCUCUCUCUCUCUCUCACCAGCAGCAGAUCCAUAACAAUGAAACAGGUGACUUUCAUGCUGCUGCCAGGACUGAUCUAAUUUUAGCAGGGUGAAUGAUUGCAAUUGGCUUUGCCUCAUCAGAUAAUUAAUCUAUGUCACCAUUAAUUGGAAAAGAGAAUAAUUACAGGCAGUGUUGACAGAAAUUCUAAGCUUCUCCAGAUUUGGAGAUCUAAUCAGGACUACUAAAACCCACCGUGACCUUAACUACCACUUAGUACACUACCUCGACCACCCGGACCAAUGUCCGAGCAAAACACUUCCUCUCAGGAGACAAGCACACUUGUUGUUGUUGUUGUUUCAUUUUUUUUUUAUCCCUCUCUCAUUUUCUCUCUCCCUCUUCUAGAAAGCUGUCUCCCUCAAUCACUUUUCAAUAUUCAAUCUUAAUUUUGUGGAAGUUUAGCAUUUUCAAUGAGCUGGAGAUGAAUGAUUAAUGAAUAAAUUUAAAUG